UUUGCCAUAAGCCCAUUCCGCAGUAUCCACCUGUCUCCUGUCUUUGCCUUUUUUUUUUUCCUUGCCGUGGGAUUGAAGAACAUCGAAGAAAAAGCGAGAACUGUCUCCAGCCCAUUAUUCUGGAUCUCUUCCUUACUCUUCGCAUUUCGUCUGAAUUUCCCCUUCAUCUUUACUUCAUUUCCACUCUCACUCUCAGGUCUAUCUGAAGUAUGGCAGAAACCGAAGACAUUCAGCCUCUUGUUGUCGAUAAUGGGACUGGAAUGGUUAAGGCUGGGUUUGCUGGGGAUGAUGCUCCUAGGGCUGUCUAUCCUAGUAUUGUUGGACGGCCUAGGCACACAGGUGUCAUGGUGGGGAUGGGACAGAAGGAUGCCUAUGUGGGGGAUGAGGCUCAGUCGAAAAGAGGUAUUCUCACAUUGAAAUACCCUAUUGAACAUGGUAUUGUUAGCAACUGGGACGACAUGGAAAAGAUCUGGCAUCACACUUUCUACAAUGAGCUUCGUGUUGCUCCUGAAGAACACCCUGUACUCCUUACUGAGGCACCUCUCAAUCCAAAGGCCAACAGAGAGAAAAUGACACAGAUAAUGUUUGAGACAUUUAAUGUUCCUGCCAUGUAUGUUGCAAUCCAAGCAGUUCUAUCCCUUUAUGCUAGUGGGCGUACUACAGGUAUUGUGCUGGAUUCUGGUGAUGGGGUCAGUCACACAGUUCCCAUCUAUGAAGGUUAUGCGCUUCCCCAUGCCAUCCUCAGGCUUGACCUUGCUGGACGAGAUUUAACAGAUGCCUUGAUGAAGAUCCUGACAGAGAGGGGGUACUCAUUCACCACAACUGCUGAACGAGAAAUUGUACGUGACAUCAAGGAAAAACUUGCUUAUGUGGCACUUGACUUUGAGCAGGAGCUUGAAACUGCAAAAAGCAGCUCAUCAAUUGAGAAAAGCUAUGAGCUACCCGAUGGUCAGGUAAUAACCAUUGGAGCAGAGCGUUUCCGGUGUCCUGAGGUCUUAUUUCAACCAUCACUUAUUGGAAUGGAAGCACCUGGAAUUCACGAGACCACCUAUAACUCAAUCAUGAAAUGUGAUGUUGAUAUUAGAAAGGACUUGUAUGGUAACAUAGUGCUGAGCGGUGGGACUACCAUGUUUCCGGGUAUUGCUGAUCGAAUGAGCAAGGAAAUCACAGCUCUUGCACCAAGUAGCAUGAAGAUUAAGGUGGUAGCUCCACCAGAGAGAAAAUACAGUGUCUGGAUUGGUGGGUCUAUUUUGGCUUCUCUUAGUACAUUCCAGCAGAUGUGGAUAUCAAAGGCAGAAUAUGAUGAAUCUGGGCCUUCCAUUGUUCACAGGAAGUGCUUCUAGAUAUGUGCUUGUGUUCUUUUGCUGUUUCCUUCUCCGAUUUGUGGUUUUGGGUUUUCUGAUUUGGUCAUGAUUGGUUUGGCUUGGUUUUCAUUUUGUUUGAUUUUAUUUUUCUUUUCAUUUUCAUCCAUUAUGGAUGUGUGAGACAUAUGUAGUGGAUAUGUAUGGUUAUAUGCUAGAUUGUUUUGUAGUGUAAGCAUAUAAUUAUUGUAUUCUAUAAUGAUAGCAUUGUUGCUUGGUCUGAA